AUGGAGGUUACUGGACAAGUCUGGUUACUGAAAGAUGUGUCGUUCUGUGUCUGGUUCUGGAUACUUUCGGAGAGUUACUUGUGUACGGCAGACAGUGCAGGUGAGUUUAAAUUCCAAAACAUCGACAGGAGGGUGUUCUCUAAACCAGGCGACAUCAACAUUGGCGCCGUCGUCAUGGCAACGCAGGCGGCGUCCGCCGGUGUCUGUAGCCCCAACAUCCGGAAAGGCUCGAAGGCGCUGGAGUACACGGAGUCCGUGGCGUUUGCUGUCCAGGCUGUCAACGACAGACCCGACCUGCUUCCCAACAUCACCCUAGGGUACCACAUCCUCAACGACUGCACGCUGGCCGCGGUCGCCUUAGCUCAGUCGCUGUCUUUCAUACCCAGGUCAGACGAGAGCUGCGUUUGGAGAAGUCAAGCACCAACAGUUUGUGCAGACGAUAUUUUGGCGGCUUAUGACGUCAUAGGCGUGCUGGCGCCCCUACGCAGCAGCACCGCCGCCCCCGUCUCGUUGGUCUACACCCCCGCUCGGAUCCCCCUCAUAGGGGCCGUGACGUCGUCGGAUGAAUUCAGCGAUAAAAAAAUCCAUCCUUACUUUUUCAGAGUGAUCGGCCCUGAUAAGUUCCAGGUUAAAGCGAUACUGCACUUCAUAACGAGGCACGGCUGGAGCUACGUCUCCGUGGUGUACAUAGAGGGCGCCUACGGGGAGCGCGCCAUGGACACCAUCGCCACCCUGGCGCCCGACUUCCGCAUCUGCCUGGCAUCCUGGACCCGGGUCAAGGCCAGCGAGGACACAGACGACACAGCUCGGACACUGCUCAACUUCCGGUCAGCGCGUGUCGUCAUCGUUUUCCUAGAGGCGGACAAUUUUGUCCGGCUGGUGACGUCAGUGGACCGUCUCAACGCCACGGGGCAUUUUAUCUGGGUCGCCAGUGACGCCGUGGACAACGCGGCCAUGGAAGUUUUACUUCCGGUGAAAGACGGCAUCAUGGGAGCUUUCUUCUUCUCCUUCUACGCCCCGCUCGUGCCUGACUUCUACACCUACAUCCAGCGACAAAGCAUCUCAAACUCCACAAACCCCUGGUUCAAACCCAACUGGGAAAGUCUGAACGGCUGCUCGUUCAAGUCUGGCACUUGUGAUGAAGUCAUCGACGACGUCAGCAUGUCCAGGCUGGAUUUUAAAACGUACUCAACUUUUCAGAUGGACGCGGUGUUAGCACUUGCACACGGCGCACAUAAACUCAUUUCCGGUGUGUGUCCUGGUUUCAGCGGAAGUAGAGUCCGCGCAUGCGUGAAGCCUGAGCUACUGCAUCACUAUCUGCAGAACCUGUCGUUCACAGGCUACAGUGGGCGUGUACAGUUUGACGAGAACGGUGACUCUGUGGGCAGGUACGUGGUGCAUCAGGUGACUGACGGUGGUGACGCCACGCCCCUGGGGUACGGGGGGCCGGGGUUCGUGUCACCAGGGGGGUUCAGAAAACUUGAAGUGGCCUUCUAUGACGAGGCGGACCAAACACUGACCUACACAAGUCAUGCCAUUUCCUGGAGUCAUCUGAAAGAAUUUGACGCAGGAAAAACUUAUGUAACUGAUUUAGGGAAUAGUUCGACUCCUCGAGCGUCUGACGCAGGGAGGAGCAUGACGCCACCGGAGUCAGUCUGCAGCCGACCGUGUGUGUCGGGCGAGUACAGGAUCCAGAAGAAACCCCUCUGUUGCUGGGAGUGUCGGGCGUGCCGGAACAACGAGAAGACGACCCCCGGGGGGUGUGAGGAAUGUCCUGCCCUCAGCUGGCCUGACGCCGACUCUAACCUCACCACCUGCUCACCAAUUCCGUUAACGCGGCCGGAAAUCACAAGCGUGUUGUCGCUGCUUCAGAUCAUCCUGGCCCUACUCCUCGCCAUCUUGAGCUGUGGUGUGUUGGGGGCGUUCAUCCACCUACGUCAUCACCCUAUCAUAGCAGCAGCCAGCCGGGACCUCAGCCUAAUUCAGUUCCCAGCAUUACUCGUUGCUUGUGUGACGGUCGUGUGUCUCCAGACCUACCCGACACACCAGAUGUGUAGUGUGCUGUACUUCACGUUCUGCCUGAGUUUGACCUCUCUGUACUCACCUGUGUUGGUCAAGGUCGUCAGGAUAUAUCGAGUCAUGAACAACGCGUCACUCACUAGACUCGUGGGCCAGGCGUCACUGACUCUUCUAUCGGUGGGGUUAAUCCUCAUCCAGCUUCUACUAUGUAUCUACGUGACCUUGACCUACAGACCAACAGCCAAGGCCACCCAGCCCGUGCUGACAGAAAAGUUCGUUGAACUCGCCUGCGACCUGACCUUCCCUGGCCUCGUGACUUUCCUGACCUACAACCUCGUCCUCGUCUCCCUUUGCUCCGUCUUCGCCUUCAAGAGCCGGAAACUCCCCGACAAUUUCAACGAGUCCCGGUUCAUCUCGAUGUGCGUGUCCACCACGCUGGUCAUCUGGCUGGCCUUCAUCCCCACCUACUUCACGGCUGGACGUGAGUACGUCCGUGUGCUGCUGCUCUCCGUCUCGCUCAUCCUCAACCACACGGUGGCGCUGGUCUUUCUCUUCCUGCCCAAAGUCUACGCCGCCGUCUACCUGCUGGAGCAGGUGUGA